UACUUGCGGUGCUGCUGGCAAAUCUUUGUGCGGUCUCAUUUAGCGUUUGUAUAAUCGUAACGCCGACAGCUCCCUGCCACCGACUCCGGCCGCCUGGAGCUUCUCCCCGGUCGUUCGAAUAUCUCGGCCAGUUCCAAAGUCUCCACUUCAAGUUCAGAACUGCAUUAUGAAGGAGGACACCAAGUUCCAGUUCAUCUGCUUCGGCUUCGGCCAGGCUAUCAUGCUGCUCAACGUGGCGUCGGGCAUUCUGUCGAAAUACCUGACGCUCGAGAAUGCCAGUCUUCCUACUCUGCAGAGCACGUGUCUGUACGUGAUGCUGGGGGUGGUCUACCUCACCGUCCGCUUCGUGCGCAAGACGCCGCUUGUCGGUGUACCCUGGUGGUUCUACGUCAUCCUAGCCGUCGUCGAUGUGGAGGGCAACUACUUCGCCGUCAAGGCUUACAAUUACGCUAACUAUGCGACGCUGAGUCUCAUCCUGAACAUGACGGUGCCGUUCGUGACCCUCUUCUGCUACCUGUUCCUCAAGACGCGCUACUCCAUCCGUCACUACGUAGGCGCAUUGAUCGCUCUAUGUGGCUCCAUCGUCAUCUUCGUGUCGGACUAUACGUCGUCUGCCAACGGAACCAGCAGUCGUGAGGUGCGUGGCGACAUGUACGCACUCAUCGCCGCCGCGUUCUACGCCACGUCCAACGUGAUGAUCCAAGCGGUGGUCAAGACGCGCAAUGUGGACUCGAACAUCGAAGUGCUGGGCUUUCUGGGCUUCUGGGCGUCGAUCGUGUCCAUUAUCCAAGUGUUGAUCCUCGAGCGCAGUCCCAUCGAGGCUGUCGACUUUACCGGUCGCGUAUACGGCUACAUGGCAGGCUACGUGUGUGUGCUCUUCGUCUUCUACACCAUUACGUCCGUCUUCUUGCGCUGGGCCGAGUCGCUCAUGUUUAACCUCAGUCUGCUCACGGGUCCGAUCUUCACUGUCGCCGUCUCCUACCUUAUCUUUGACGAAGCCGUCAACAAAUGGUACUGGCUGGCGCUGGCACUUGUGUAUAUUGGUCUCAUCUGCUACAGCACCACCCCGGCCCCCAAGGAGAACGUCAAAACCACUGAUGACAAAACCCCCACAGGCGACUACGGUGAGGCACUCACCCCCGACGCCACGCGCUACGCUUAACUUCGGUAAAACUCAAUGCAAUAUUCCUACUUUACAAGUAUUUGUCCUUGGGACAGCAACGUACGCUUUCAGAAGAGUUUUCGUUGAGAUAGUCGCUGCACAGAUUGUUGCUUUGCUUAUGAG